AUGGACCAACACAUCCUCCUCCAAUUGGGCAUCCUGAUUCUAACCCUAGCCAUCUUCUACGUCCUCCACAGCCUCCCCAAACGGGCCUUCUCAAAGCUCCGAUCGAAAGCCCAGCCCAACACUCAGGCCCACCGCCACUUCAUACAGGGCGCCCAGCUCCUGUCCCGGGCCCGAUCUACAAAAUCCAAAUCCUCCGCCCUCAACCUCGCCAAGUCCGCCGCCGGCGAAGCCGACAAGGCACUGGCCCUGGAGCCAAGGGACCCCGCGGCCCACAUCCUGAAGGCCAUGGCCCAGAGCCUGAUGGGCCACAAGGCUUCGGCCCUCAAGUCACUGGACGCGGCUCUAUCGCCGCCGGCGGUGAAGAUGCUGUCCGGUAGGGAGAAGGGAGAUGCUCUGUUGAGGCGGGCCGAGCUGCAGAUCGAGCUGAACCGGAGGAGACGGGUCGACUCGGCAAUUGACGACCUGGUCGAAGCGGUCGGGUUGAGCCCGGACAAUUCCAAGGCUUUCUGCCUAUUGGGCCAAUCUUACGAGACUAAAGGAUUGAGAGACGAGGCUAGGAAUGCUUUUGUUGAGGCGCUAAAAAUUGAGCCCAACUUGAAGGAGGCCCGGGAUGGAUUGGCUCGUUUAGGCUGA